CCUUCCUGAGUUCUCUCUCACAUAAACGACGCGUCGACUCUCCCUCCCUCUCCUCCUCCCCCCUCUAGCAAUCGGCGAGCGAUGGCGUGGGCGACACGGUUCCUGUCUGCGGUGUGCUUCUUCGCGGCGGGCGUCCUCUUCGCCCCAGAUGUCCUCGUCGGCGACCGCUCCGGCUCCGGCGCCACCGCCGUCACGGCCGCCAAGGUGUCCCACCUCCUCUGCUUCGCCACCUGCUGGGGCGCUGCGCUCUGGGCUACCUUCAUCGGCGGAAUCAUCAUGUUCAAGAAUCUGCCGAGGCACCAGUUCGGGAACCUGCAGGGGAAGAUGUUCCCGGCCUACUUCACGCUCAUCUCCGCCUGCGCCGCCGUCUCCGUCGCCGCCUUCGCCUACCUCCACCCGUGGAAGGCCGCCUCCGCCGUGGAGCGCUACCAGCUUGGCUUCCUCAUCUCCGCGCUCGGCUUCAACCUCUCCAACCUGCUGGUCUUCACCCCCAUGACCAUUGAGAUGAUGAAGAAGAGGCACAAGAUCGAGAGAGAGCUUAGCAUCGGUGACGAGGUCGGGUGGUCAAAGAACGUCAAGACGGCAAAAAGCAACCCUACCCUCGCUGCGAUGAACAAGAAGUUUGGGAUGAUCCACGGUCUCUCAUCGCUGGCCAACAUCUUGUCGUUCGGCAGCCUUGCCAUGCACUCCUGGUACCUUGCCAGCAAGCUUGAGCUGUGAAGUGUACAGGCACCCAGCUUGACCACGGACACACGGUUGAAUCUAGUAUCAUCACAAUAUGCCUAUGCUUCGUUCUAAAAGCGGCUACAUGUUAUGAGCUUGCAAACAGAUUUAAUUGUAGACUUGACUUUGGAUGAUUGUACUUGAAACAACUUGCUGGAGGAAACGUUACCGGUUACCCCGUUACUGCUGCCAAAUGCUAAUAGUAUGUCUCGUGAGAA